AUGCAAGCAUUCGAUGAGCACCGAUUAACUGGACUAAAGAUUAUUGAUAUCAAUAAUGUGCCCCUAGGCAACAGUUCUGCUUGGGUGAAAUGGCGCCUUCCGUCAUCGAGUGCCACUGAAUCGCAAGGGCACACCGAGAAGUCCACGAUAACCGAUCACCGUGCAUACUGGAACUACGAGAAGGUUGUCUCUGUUAGGCUCACGAUCGACAGGACGUCUAUGCUGCAAGAAUGCGAGAUCACUUUUGAAGUCAUUCAAGAAUUCCAUUCUUCGCCCACGUCCGAGAAAAAUGUCCUGGGAAAGAUCAAGCUCAACCUUGCGGAAUAUGUUGAUAAGGUAGAAGAAGAUGAGGGAGUGGUUCGUAGGUACCUCUUGUAUGACAGCAAAGUGAACUGCACUGUCAGAAUCGGGAUUUCCAUGCGCCAGAUAGAAGGAGAUCGCAACUUUACAACGCCGCCACUGAAGUCGGCCACUGUCUUUGGAGGCAUCGCAAGAGUUGUUGCAGACCCAGGCGACUCUGACGAACUCGGCCACCUUCCCUCUAUGAACACCAAGAGUCGUGAAAUUUCAGAUAUGCAAGACAUGUAUCGCCGAACCUUAGCAGCCUCCUGGAUAUCCCGCCCAUGUGAUCUCCCUGCUGACAAGCUGAUCGAGGAAAUAUUUAAGGGGGGCUCCUCGCGGAACGAUUCACAUCCAGAUCUCCAUACCACUCAGAAAGGUGGCAGCUUGGAAGAGCAUCUCCAUGAUGGAAAGGGUCGCACAUGGAAGAGCCGUAACACAGAGCAUGAGUUAUCGGAAUUUGAUGUACGCCCCGACCUGCGAAGCUGGGAAAUAAGAGCUAAGGAUUAG